AUGUACAACUGUUGUUACGAAACACAGGAGGUCGACAUUGGAACGCUACGACAAGUUUAUUGCGUACCAGGAUUAGAAAAUCGAUGCCAGUUUUCUCCUCUCCUUAAUCAUUUACCCCCUCCUCUUUACCUUUCAGAUCUAUUGUCCAUGGCACAACAACCAGUCACUCAAUCUACUCCUGAUAAAGAAGAACACACACAAAACCACAACGUCUUUUUAAAAAUGUUCGAUUAG